GAGCGGCGGGCGGGCGGUGCUUACAUUCGCCCUAGCCCCCUUCCUCCCUCCGCUGCGGGGAACAGCAUGAACUUGAACACCGCCUGGCACACUGCGAGUCUCAACAGCGUCCCGACACUGCGGCUGAGUCGGCGGCCAGUCUCUCAUCACUCGGUUCGGGCCAACUUGUCACAGCGGGCCGGUCAGCCACAGCUGGACCAGCUCCGGGGUUUGGGAGCCAGAGGUGCCGAAACAAGUGACACCAUGUCCAGGCGCAAACUUGGAAGCCGACCGCAGCACCUGAGCGCAAUUCAAGAUGUUGCUGAGAUGAUGGACGGCACAGGUCCGUCUUCGCUGGAGAGGCCUUCCCCUCCGGAGGUCAGAGUUUGUGACGAGGGUCGUGACCUCCUGACCUGCGGGCAGUGCAGCCAGGCCUUCCCGCUGGCACACAUUCUGGCAUUCAUCCAACACAAACAGGGGGGCUGUCGCUCCGGGGGCCAGGCUCCUCAAGCCAACACGCCCCCCUCACCUGCCAGCCGGGCACAGCAGCGCGUCACCAACGCUGAGAUGGGGGCAGGAUUCAUCGAGCUGAGGAGAGGGAUGGACAAGGACAGGACCUGGGGGGCGGAGCCCAAAGUGAGAGUGAAGGCGGAGCCGAACAAAACAGUGGCCGAAGAACCCUCCUGUUUUACCUGCCAGCAGUGUGAGGAUGUGUUCCCGUCUGCCUGGGCCCUCUUACAGCACGCUCAGCACACACACUCCUUCAGCAUCUACCAAGAGGAUGAGGAAGAGAAGCGAGGAAGAGGAUCCCUGAAACAGCACAAACCUGCUGCUGCCACUCUGGACCCACGCCACCUCAGUCAAGCACUCGCUUCUGCCUUCCAGCCCUCCGCUCUGCGCCUCCAUCGCUCCCGUCAGACACACUCCUCCUCCUCCUCUGCUAACCUGCAGGCUCUAAACUUCUCUGUCCGACUCAGGGAGCUUGCCGAGGGGAACAGCAACACCGCCACCAGCAACACCGGCGGCUUGCUGCUGUCUCCGUCGUCCUCCCCGCCGGCCGCCUCUCCCUUCCCGCACACCGGGCCGCACCAAGCGGACUUCCCCUGUGAGCUGUGCGGCCAGGGUUUCCAGUCCUUACGCAGCCUGUCAGCCCACCGCAGGACCCACGCCUGCGAGAGGCCCUAUCACUGCGCCGUGUGUGACGAGGCCUUUGCCCAGAGCGGCCAGCUGGCCCGUCACAUGAGGAGCCACCGCAGGGAGGGUGCAGGCGCUGGGGGAUAUGAGCCAGUGGAGAUGGGUGUGGGGCUGAUGGGUGAGGAAGUAGCGAGGCAGGGGAUGAGAGGGAGAUUUCCAAUGCAGUCCGCUGGAUUAGUGGGCGAAGGGGUGAUCAGUGGAAGAGCAGAAUUGAGGGCACAGGGCCCCUCUGAGCUGGACCUGACCAUGCCCAAGCACUUGUCAGUGGGCUCAGGUGUGAUGCUGCUGACCUCCCAGACCAGACCGCCAGACAGGGAGAUGCUCAGGCUGUUCCAGCGCCAGAGAGAGGGAGGCGAGAUCGGCGAGGAGGCAGAGGGACAGGGGGAACAGCAGCAUGCCUCUCCCUGUGCCAGCCCCUCUGAAGGCUCACUGGAGAGUGGCGAGACGGGGGGCAGCGGAGAGAGCGGUAUCGCUAGUGGCAACUGCACACCCAAACGGCCGGAAAUGGACGACAGAGCGCGGGGAGUAGGCGAGUGGGAGAGCAAGAGGGGAGAGAUCAUAGAGAGGGAGAAAGAAUGGGACUCGGCCAAAGCCAGUGAGGUUGUGCAUGAGUGGCAUAGGGAGAAUGCGCGGAGGAGUGUCGGAGGAGGCGGGAGCAGCGAAACGAACAAUAACAACACCAGCAGCAAUUCAGGUGGUAAGAAGAAGAAAGACGAGGCCUGUGAGUUUUGUGGUAAGCAUUUCCGCAACAGCAGUAACCUGACUGUGCACCGGCGCAGCCACACAGGUGAGAGACCCUACCGCUGUGGUCUCUGCAACUACGCUUGUGCCCAGAGCUCCAAGUUAACACGUCACAUGAAGACCCAUGGCGCCCGUGGAGCCAGGGCUCCCUUCUUGUGCCAGUUGUGUGGGGUGCCUUUUACAGUCUACGCCACGCUGGAGAAGCAUUUGAAGAAAGUUCAUGGGCUGAGCCACGCGAGCGUUGGAGCCUACACACAGGCUAGCUCUGCCGACACCACAGCUGUUGUGAAAGCCGAAGAGGAAGCAAUAGUGGUGAAAAUGGAGGAGGAAGAGGCCAGUUUAGAUCAGGUAGAGACGGAGAGCAAUAUGGUGAAAAGUAUGGAGGUAGAGGAAAAGCAGCGCCAAGCGGAAUAUGAGGAGAACCAUGGGAGUCCAGCUGUGGAGGAGGAGCUCCCAUCUGAGGGCGGUGCAGAGGUGGGCCUGGCUUUAAUUUCUGCUCCCUAAGACGCAGGCUCCUUAUAUUCCUGUGGUCACUCUGAUAUUGACAUUCAUCUGCUCAAAGGCACUGCAAAGGACUUAACUCAUCCCUGCAAACAAAACAAAAACAAACUUUUCCCACAAUUCAACUGACAGUUCGUUUAAACUGGAAUCUUACAGGAGAAGCUGCAGCAGUGCAGAAGCUAGCAGGCAGUUCUGCGGUCACCCCACCCCAACACACACACGCACACACACAAGCACAACCCCUCCUUCUGUCAGCACUGAGGCACCCAGCAGCCAGCCAUGUUGCUCAUGAGCGUAUGCAAAGCCACUGGUUGAAACUAAGUGCCUGCUUUAGACCACAGAGCAAAACAAGGCCAUGACAUUCAAUAGGGAGAUUACCAGAACUCUUGAACAGGAAGUGAACCACCACAGUCCGCAUCAACACAGGAAACUGAUCACCAUGUUGCAGUGCAGGAUGCAAAAAGACAAGCGAAUUAUCCCUGUGGUGACCCAUUGGACAGGUGAUAUGAACACAGAUGAUAUGAAAAAUUGAUAUUUUUGCUAUUAAAAAAAACAACAAACCUUGCGAGCAUUGUUAAUUAAAUAUAUUUCUUAAUAAUGCUGAAGCCAGUAGCAUCAGCAGACACAUCAGGCAUAUUGGGUGGGGUCAUAUCCUGCUACCUAGCUGUUACUGGUUCCCUAUCUUGAAGACCUUUUAAAGACUAAAGAUGUUUGAACGGACGUGGAUAAAACAAAUCCAAACAGUGUCUGCCCUGCAGUUUCUCAAACUCUUGUUCUCUUUUUAAAAGGCGCUUGGUUGUCACAACACUUGUCACUUAAUGUAAUGUUUACAGGGCUCAUGGGGCCUAGCAAGGUUGUGCUCCUGACUGUGUGACAGUAUGUAUGGAUGUCUUUUUGUUGCUCUAAUUUUAUAAAUGUGAAUAAGGAGACUUAUAAGUCUCGCCUACUGAUGUUUUCCAUGCUUAGUUUCUAUGCAUAAAAAAAAAACUGCAAUUUUACAUACAUGUGAAACGGGUGUGUUUUAUUUUUCUCUAUUUGUACUUGUUGGAUUAUUGUGGUGGUAAUUUCUUUUUUUCCGUUGUUUACAUUUGUAAAGUGCUGGACUGCUUGAAGCUUAUGCAUGUUUUGCAGCCAUUUGAAAGGUUCAGUACUCUCCUUUUUGCCUGUGUUUGAAUUAGUCCUAAUUUAUGGAUGCUGCAUGUUGGUGGUUGUGUAACUGAAAAACUGUUUAAAGCUGAACUACAGGGUUGAGAGGUGCAGUAAUAGCUAGUUGAUUGGUGGAGUUUUUUGCGGGCACCACCGAACGAGCACUUGCGUGUGUGUGAGAGUGAGUGAGUGAGUGAGUGAAAUGAAUGGGGUUUUUUUUCCGUGUAUGUACAGGGAAAUUCUCUGGUGACACUUUGACUUGAACCCUCUGUCCUACGAUCUUGUGUCCAAAGUGUGACGCAGCUCGUCAUAAGCAUCAUGUUGGGCGUCCAGAAGGUCAGCGUGCGUCAAGAACAGGCGACAAUGAUCUUAAGCUCAGGAACACAAGAGAACCGUGGGUAGCUUAUAGCAUAUCAUCAGGAAAUCCAUCAAUUUGACAUGGCAAUACAAGAGGACAGGGUUGUGAAGUGUAGUGCCGCCGACUCUUUUGUGACUACUGUGAUGACCUUGACUUUGUGCUACCUUGUUUUUUGUUUUUUCUUUUUUAAAUUUCUCUUUAAACUCAUGUCAGGGAACCCCAAUUUUUGACACUUUUGAGAAAAAGAAAAAACUAUAACUAUUAUGUGCUUUGUGUGUGAAAUGAUGGUGGUGAAUGUGAGCAAUUGAUGUGGAAUGAGUGGAAUGCAAACUGUUCAGGGACAAUAUUUUGUAUAUAGAUUGACAGCCAUUCUCGCUCUGAUUAACUGCCUGUCACUGCUCCGUGCCCUCGACUUGUUUUCCCAGCAUUUCUGGUUGUCUCUGCUCUUCUCUGUGCUGAACACUGGCUACUGUGAGGCUACCGCUCCACUGUCUUUGUAAACUUGACACCGUUUUGUAAUUGACCUUGUCAUGAGGAAGCUCAAUAAAGAAUUGAGGCGAGACAUGCA